AAACUAAAAAGUUGCUCGCCAUUGAGGAUGAAGGUACGAGUCCGAUAGAAAGAAAGGUGGGCGUGUCGAGGUUGGAAUGGCCGAGAUGGAGCAGAGGGUACAGUCUGCUUCGCUCACCCACCACUACGCACAUCACUCGUCUGCGACGGCACUAGAAAAGACCAACAGAAUCUUUGAUGGAAGGGAAAAAAAAUAUAUGGGGCAACAGUUAGGCCGCGACUCUACUCUUACGCCUGUCUAAGUGGUCCUCGCAGGUCCAACGCGUGCCUCGCUUUCUCUUCUCUACUUUUCUUUCUUUUUUUUUUUUUGUUUUUUUUUCUCCUCGCUCCACAGAAUUCUCUCCUUUGGGCCGACCAUGGAACACCGGGAGCCGGCGGCGGAGCAACAGAGGAGGAGCAGAAAGGAGAAAGCGAAGGCGAAGGAGAUGGGGACGGCAGCGUACGUGGACGUGGACGGAGACGAGGAAGAUGGGGAGGCGGCGCCUGGCGGCGGAGUCGAGGAGGACAAGAAGCGGCAGUCGUCGACAUCGUCCAAGAGGGGGUCGGGGAGCGGAGGAGCGUCGCCGCCUUGCUGUCAGGCCGAGAAGUGCUCCGCCGAUCUGACGGAGGCGAAGCGGUACUACCGGCGGCACAAGGUGUGCGAGGUGCAUUCUAAGGCCGCCGUCGUCAUCGUCUCCGGCCUUCGACAGAGGUUCUGCCAGCAAUGCAGCAGAUUCCAUGAGCUGUCAGAGUUUGAUGACUCCAAGAGGAGCUGCCGCAGGCGUUUAGCUGGCCACAAUGAGCGUCGCAGGAAGAUUUCCUCCGAGGCGAUCAGCUCAGAUGCGAGGAUCCAGACGAGUGAAUCUUGUGGUCAUCUCCAGAGAUGAACAACCUCUCCAUCGAAUGGGAGCAUGCUCUCUCUCUUCUGUCAUGCAAUGUCUUUCUUCACUAUUUUCUCAGUGUAUAUAUAUAUAUGCUGAGUGAAAUGAAACUUUCUCGUGAUCUAAGCACAAUAGCAAUUCAUUAAUCCACUAUCAUGUCUAUGAUCAGCUGCUUAAAUAAUUGUGUAUACAGUUAUGGAUUUUCUUGUCCAUAAAUUAUUGAGUGACCUGAAGUUUUUAUUGACA